UCUGCCGGAGCUCCAGCCACGUGUCUGGAGACCCGCUGUCACGUGACAGGGCGCGCUCCCCCCUCUUCCCCCUCCGGUACAAACACAAGAUGGCGGGAGGCGGAGGCUGGAGACAUUGACGGGACUCGUGAGCACCGGGAGACACCCGGCAGAGCGGUCUUGCCCCAACACGGAAGAUGAUGGAAGACAAAGGACCCCGUGUAGCUGACUACUUUGUAGUUGCUGGACUAACCGAUUCAUCAAAACCACUUGAGGAGGAAAUCCACUUUAAUGAUGCCUGUCACAAGAUAGCUAAACCAAAGGAACCUAUCACAGACGUUACAGUGAUCAUUAAAUCCCUGGGGGAAGAAGUGCCUCAGGGAUAUGUAUGUAUGGACACUACCCCAACUGGACUCUCGGCUGACCUCAAUAAUGGGAGUAUCCGAGGACCUCAGAUAUAUUUGUGUUACAGGAGAGGAAGAGACAAGCCUCCUUUAACAGAUUUGGGAGUGUUGUAUGAGUGGAAAGAACGACUAAAACAGGGUUGUCAUAUGAUCCAAACGACACCGCAUGGACGUCCUGCCAAUAUAAGCAGCAGCACCUCCUCCUCACAAAAAGCAUACAUUACCUUCAGAAGAGCCUCUGAAAAUAUGAGCCAGAAUUCCUUGGCUGUAACUGAUAUUUGCAUCAUCAUACCAAGCAAAGGAGAGACACCGCCUCAUACCUUCUGCAAGGUGGAGAAGAAUCUUAAUAGUAGCAUGUGGGGCUCAGCUGUGUAUCUCUGCUACAAAAAAUCCGUUGCUAAAACCAAUGCAGUAUCCUACAAAGCAGGUUUAAUAUGCAGGUACCCUGAAGAAGAUUAUGAAUCCUUUCCUUUGCCUGAGUCUGUGCCUCUCUUCUGCUUGCCCAUGGGGGCGACAAUUGAAUGCUGGCCAUCCAACAGUAACUAUCCACUUCCAGUCUUUUCUACGUUUGUCCUAACUGGAGCAUCUGCUGAAAAGGUGUAUGGAGCAGCUGUACAAUUCUACGAGCCGUAUGCUCCAGAGCAGCUCACAGAAAAACAGAAAGCACAGUUAGGAGUGGUAACCAGUGCAGAGGGAAAAUUGGAUCCCUGCAAAACCAUCCACGCUUGCAAGUGCAUCUGUAUUCUUUCUCACUGGCCUUUCUUUGAUGCUUUCAAGAAAUUUCUCACUUUCCUCUACCGUUAUUCCAUCUCUGGACCCCAUGUGCUCCCAAUAGAAAAACACAUCUCCCACUUUAUGCAUAAAGUUCCAUUUCCUUCUCCUCAAAGACCAAGAAUAUUGGUACAGCUUUCCCCGCACGAUACCUUGAUCCUCAGCCAGCCUGUGUCCUCACCGCUUCCACUGAGCGGAGGAAAAUUUUCCACUCUGCUGCAGAACUUGGGCCCUGAGAAUGCGGCGACUCUGCUGGUCUUUGCUGUCACGGAGCACAAAAUCCUCAUUCACUCAUUACGCCCUUCUGUUCUCACAAGUGUAACCGAAGCCUUGGUCUCUAUGAUCUUCCCGUUCCAUUGGCCUUGUCCAUAUAUCCCUCUUUGCCCUCUGGCCCUGGCAGACGUGCUGAGUGCCCCCUGUCCUUUCAUUGUGGGAAUUGAUUCUCGCUACUUUGAUUUGUACGAGCCCCCUCCGGAUGUGAGCUGUGUUGACCUAGAUACCAACACCAUUUCUCAAAGUGAUUGCAAAAGGAAUAUCAGCUGGAAGAUCCUGCCCAAGAAAGCCUGCAAGAAUCUCCUGAAUACGCUCAGUAAUCUGUAUCAGCAAUUGGCCGAGUUACAGCAAAGACCCAGAGAAGAUGCACUUCUGGGACUUGCUAUGAAUGAUUAUGACUUCACUUCAGGAAAUAAAAUGCAUCAACUGGAUAUGGAGAUUCAGGAGGCUUUUUUGGGCUUCAUGGCAUCCAUUUUGAAAGGGUACAGAGCCUAUCUGAGACCGAUCACACAGGCUCCAUCUGAGACGGCCACAGACGCAAGCUCUCUUUUUGAGCAUCAAGGUUUCCUAAAGAGCCGUGAUCGCUCUCACCACAAAUUUUACAAUAUGAUGACUAAAACUCAGAUGUUUAUCCGCUUCAUUGAAGAGUGCUCAUUUGUUAGUGAUAAGGAUGCCAGUCUGGCCUUUUUUGAUGACUGCGUUGAGAAGCUGUUCUCAGAAAGGAAUUGUGCUGAGAAAGGCAUAAAGGUAGACGUGGACAAGUCUGGAGAGAUGCGUCUCAUAGAAAUAGAUGAAUCCCACAAGAGCGAGCACACAGUGUUUAUUACACCACCAGAGAUUCCUCACUUACCCAACGGAGAGGAGCACCCAAAGAAAUACAGUUACAAUGGUUUUCCUGUCCUCACCUUGGAUCUUUUUGAUACCCCGGAUGGGCUCCUGAAAAACCACAGACUUUUCCCCAAAGUCUCAGCUCCCAGCAGUCCGUCUCCAAUGUUCAGGAGAACAAAACAGGAGAUCCGGUCGGCUCACAAAAUAGCCAAACAGUAUUCAACCAUCCCCCAAAUGUGGUCCAGAUGUUUGCUGAGGCAUUGUUAUGGCUUGUGGUUCAUCUGCCUCCCUGCAUAUGUUAAAGUCUGCCACUCCAAAGUGAGAGCACUGCGCACUGCCUAUGAUGUUCUGCGGAAGAUGCAUGUCAAGAAAAUCGACUCCCCCGAUGAGGUCUGCUACCGUGUUCUUAUGCAGUUAUGUGGCCAGUAUGGGCAGCCCGUCCUCGCUGUCAAAGUACUGUUUGAAAUGAAGAAAGCCGGAGUCCAUCCGAACGCAAUCACCUACGGUUACUAUAAUAAGGCUGUUCUGGAAAGUGUAUGGCCUUCUGGGAAUCGAGGGGGUUAUUUCCUGUGGAUAAAGGUCAGGAAUGUACUUCAUGGAGUUGCCCAAUUUAAAAGAGCCUUGAAAAAGCAACAUUCCUUGGCGCCCCAUACAACACUUUCAGAUGGCAGUGACCUGGAUGCAGUCAGCCAUGGAAGUAUGGACAGCUCUAUUGACAUGAACCCCACAGAGCAACCGUCAUUCAGUACAGAUGUAACCAGUGCCGACGCUGCAGAUGACAGAUCCAGUACAGGUGGUCAAUCAGAUUUGGGAUACAGUUCAUUGUCCAAAGAGGAAGUUCGCAGGGGGGCUGUACAUGAUAUACAAGAGGAACAGGAAGAAUCUCGAGGGAGUGACUCUAGCUCAUUGUCUGAAUCAGAGAGCUCUAAGGGCAGUAGAGAUGGUCUCCCACAGUUGCCAUGUCCUGUUUCUGAAAAAGUCACCAAACCUUCAAAUAUAGUUCGAAAAGACGGCAAAGCAGACAGCGCGGCUGAUACGGUUGUAGCCGGUAACCCAGCAGGUCUUCUCUUUGCACCGUGCUUUGAGAACACUAAACAACCUGAAAUAUACCAAAGCUGGAGUUUACGAAGACGACACAAGAGUGCAAUGGAACCUACUUUGAAAAGUCCGUCAGAAUGGGAAUCCAGGAAUAGGAACUACAGUGGAGAAAAUCUUGCUGUGCUAAUGGUCGGUGGGAAUUCAGGAGAAACCGAGUCAGGAAAAAUGCUGGAUAAAUUGGGUGCUGAUGCAAAAAUACUUAGUGGGGCUUUCAAAAAGACUAUCCCUCGGCCAAAGACCUUGGACAUUAAGAGCAGCUCUCUAAACAAGGAUCUUACAAGUGUGGACAAGCAGUGGAGUGACGAUGACUCUCCAGUUGGAGAGGAAGAGUACAAUGACAAAGUAGAUUCCCCAGUGAUUUUUGACUUGGAAGAUCUGGACAAUGACACUGUUGAAAACAAGCAAGUCAAAACAAGUGAACCAAAGGCACAGUUAAGAGAGAGGAGCAUAAGUACAAACUCAUCUGCAUCAACGUUUGUUGCCAAGUCUGUGGAAAAGACAGAUGUAAAAGUUGGAUUCGAUCCUCUAUCAAUGCUGGCAGCUGAAAAUGGCCAGGAAGAGGAAACUGAGGAGUUAGUGGACAACAAAGGUCUUCUAACACCAUCUGCUAAGAGGGACCUAGCAGAGGAAAUAGAGAUGUACAUGAAUAUGAGCAGCCCAUUGACUAGCAGAGCCCCCAGCAUGGACUUACAAAGAAAUGCUUCUGAACAGUACAAAAGCUCUAAAUCUAUACCACUCUGCCGGCGGUCCAGCCUCCCCUCAACACCCCUACAAGCACCUACAUUAAUAAAGUCAAAAACUUACCACUCAAAGGAGCGACACCGAGGUCGACUUUGGUCCUCUCCAGGAUAUGCUACCAGCAGUCCACAAGCAGAACAACCUCCAGACUCUGCUCUAGCCUUGAUGUCUCCAACAUCCUUUAACUUUGAUACACUCCUCACACCUAAGCUGGAUGUGUUGAAGACCAGUAUGUUCUCUGCUGGAAAAGGUGUUGCUGAGAAAGCCACAAAGUGGUACUCAAAGAUCACUAACUAUGCUGGACCCAUAAAAGAUCAGAAUUCUGACAGAGCGAGCCUUUCUUCAGGUGGUGCUGGAGAUGUAGAAUCCUGCUCCAUCAAUGAAGAUGACUUUGAAGGCAUCACCUCUCCUCGUGACAAUGAUCUUGCUACUGGUAACAACUCAGUGGGAAUGAGUAGGACCAGCCUGGAAAGCAACACCUCACAAGAGGGAGCCUCUAAGCAGCUCUACCACAGUGGUUCCCCUUCCAGGACAUCGCAGAACUACAAGUCUGAGAUUUUAUCUUCCUGCAGUUCUAGUAGCACUAGUGUCUUCCAGAACUAUGCUAUGGAGGUACUAAUCUCCAGCUGCUCCCGGUGUCUGACCUGUGAUUGUCUGGUCCAUGAGGAGGAGAUUAUGGCUGGCUGGACAGCAGAUGAUUCAAAUCUGAACACCACAUGUCCCUUCUGUGGGAGCGCCUUCCUCCCAUUCCUGAACAUUGAAAUUAGAGACCUGCGCUGCCCUGGCAGGUACUUCUUAAAAGUCAGUCCAUCCACAGACAGCAUGCACCCUUCAGGUUGUCAGAGGCCAAAGUCUGCAAUUAUCCCCCCCGCUUAUUUGGUCACUCCAUCCAGCAAAGGAAAACUAGAGGACUCAAAUACCAGAACUAUAAAUAUACCGACUGGGAAGAGGAAGACAGAUCCAAGUGAAUCAAGCACUCCUAGUCUUCCUGUAGUGAGAAGUGUCAGUACAUUCAGCACUUUGGAUGAGAAGCCAUCUUGCAAUCUGAGCCAUGUUUCCACAGGCAGUCUACCUACUAACUUUGAGACACCCACUGACUCAUUAGAGCUUGACUGGAGGAUGUCGCAUCCUGAGCCAAUUACUGUUCCUUACCUCAGCCCUCUUGUAGUGUGGAAAGAACUGGAAAGCUUACUAGAGAAUGAGGGUGACCCAUCCAUUACAGUUCCAGGCUUUGUGGAUCAUCACCCUAUAGUUUUCUGGAAUUUGGUGUGGUUUUUCCGGAGACUGGACCUUCCCAGCAACCUGCCUGGUUUAAUUCUGUCCUCUGAACAUUGUAACAAGCAUUCAAAGAUCCCUCGGAGCUCAAUAUCUGAGGACAGCAAGCAUGUCCUUAUUCAAGUCUUGUGGGACAACCUGAAACUUCACCAGGACAUACGGCAGCCACUUUACAUUCUGUGGAAUACUUUAAGUCAAAACUGCACUGUAGUUUAUGAGACCCAGGAACAUCCUCUGGCUCUUGCACAGCAGAAGGAGGAUGAAAAUGUUGAUCAGGAGUUUCUACAAGGCCUAGUGAAGAGCAUCAGGAACAACAAUGUUUAUGGGCCUAUGAACCAAAUUCUUGAGUCCCUGCAGCACAGUCACAAAGCAACACGGCAAAGGAGUCUGUACAGAGAGAUUCUCUUCUUGUCUCUUGUUGCCCUGGGAAAAGAUAACAUUGACAUAGAUGUAUUUGACCGGGAAUACAAAGCCGCUUAUGACCGGCUGAGCCCUGAGCAGGUGAAGUGCAGUCAGAUCUGUGAUCGUCCCCCCAGCACAGGCGUCACAGAAUGCAGGAGAACCUUCGGGCAGCCAUUCCUCUGAGCGUGUUCUGGUCCUCCCAUCAUUUCAUGGCUACAAGUGGCAGAUCUCGACACCUGUGUGUCCGAUGAGAUCAAGCAUUGUGAACGAGCAAUAUGGAAGAUUUUCACUCUUAGCAUAAGCCCUGCGUGAGAAUCAGGUUAUGAAAGAAAGGCAGGGUAGCCUGGCCUUUUCUGUGCUUGAAGUUCAGGUCCUUU